UGUCGACCGGAAGUUGCGACGUGUCGGGUUUGGGCACGCGAGGUCGAGUUCAUUAAAUCUCUAUACAUAUUUAUAUAUAUUUUUACACAGUUUCUUUCUUUUCUUUUUUUUAUUCCAUGGACCGGGUGAUGUGCACGGUUCCGGUCGUUUGGGUCGUGUGUAGUCUGUGGGCCGCUGCGGCCGCGGAUCGAGCUCUGGCGGAAAAAGGACGCGCGGAGCUGCAGAGGCUGCGGGAGUUUGCGGGUCAGACACGCUACGGCGCGUGCUGGUCCAGGGCUCUGGAGAAGGUCCACGCCAACUGCAGGGAUUUCUCCGACGACACGCAGAGCAUGAUCGCCCUGGCUUUCACUCACUGUCACCUCAGAAGGUCCGGACGGAGUUUUCCAGAGUGUUCCGAGGGCAGCGACGUCAAGACGUGCACACGUGACAUGGACCCCGUCGCGUUUAACACCUACACGGAGUUCUUCACCCACGCCCACAGCAUUUGCCAUUACCUCCAGAGCGAGCAGUGGCAGCUUCGGUCCGAAAACACCAUCCACAGGCUGACGGAGAGUUCGGCCGGUGUCGCCGAGCAGCUUGCAUCCACCCAGAGGAUGGCUGAGGAUCUGGUGGAGGCCCAAAGUGCGGCUCUGAAAUCUCAGGAGACCAUCCUGCGCAACGGAGAAGAGCUGAAGUCCACGCUGCAGCACUCCACAAGGGGUCUAAGGGACGUGUUCGCCGAGAUGAAGCAUUCUGUCCAGGAGCAGCAGGUGGCGUUCGCCGAGAUCUUUAACCGCGUCGCUUUCCUUCAGAGCUUCAUCGUGUCCGAGUCGCACACCUUCAGCUCUCUGUUGUAUAACGCGCUGGGCUUCUGCGCGUCCUUCCUGCUCACGGCGACACGCCGCACCUCAGGAGCGAGGUUUUUUCUGUUCGGGCUGGUGGCUCUGAAUGUUUACCUGGAGCGGAUGAUUUGUAGGAUGAUCCUGGAGAAUGAUGAUCCUGGAUAUCAGCAGAUGGAGCGGAUCGCCUUUUUGGUCGGGAUUCUCAGGAAGUCCAUGGUGGUGACGGCCUGCGUCGUCCUGCUGUACUUUGCGACACGCUUCCGUAACGUGAACAGGGAGAGCCUGGAGAUCUUGAGGGAGCUGAAAGAGACUCAUACCAACCUUCAGAAAACGUUGAGGAAAGCCGAACGUCUUUCAGGGUCUUUAAAUGACUGGACCAAACCCAGGCAGAAGCAAUUACAUCAAAAUGAGGAAAGCAGUUUGGUCAUUCUGCAUCCUUCAGGCACCAUAGAGGCCACCUUGCCAUCUUUUUCUUCCCUUCACAGAAGCCGACAACAGGAAAGUUUCGUUCCGCCACUGGAUGCUCCAAACGCUUCAGAUUUCCCCAAAAGACGGCAGCGGCGUUCCUCAGGCCCUCGUGCGCGCAACUCUACGACGCUCGUCUACAGCGUGUUGGUGGACGACAGCCACAACCAGCCGAGGUACAGCCUGAGGAGCAGGAAAUCUUUAUGCGCGCUGGAGCCGAAUGGAGACCGAGACUGAUCCCGAUCUCUCCAGGAGGACGUCUGUAUGGGGUGAAGAGGUGUGUGUACUGGACAACCUGUCACGGUCGAAUUCUUCAUGGAUUUUAUUGAUUUUUUUAAAAUAAAUAAAUGUGGUUUUAAUAAUCA